AUGUGCAGCUGCCACCCCAACGGGCAAUGCGAGGAUGUGACAGGCCAGUGCACCUGCAACCCCAACCGUUGGGGUCCCAAAUGCGAGAACGUCUGCCUCUGCAAGCACGGCAAGUGCGAUCAGAAGACGGGCAAAUGCACCUGCGAGCCCAACUGGUGGGGACCUCAAUGCUCCAGCUCCUGCUAUUGCAGCCACAACUCCCAGUGCGACCAGCAGACGGGCAGCUGCGGGGGCGAGCCGGGCGGGUGGGGCCGCGGUUGCAACAACCAGUGCUCCUGCAACAACUCGCCCUGCGAGCAGUUCACAGGGCGCUGCCAGUGCCGGGAGCGGACGUUUGGGCCCCGCUGUGACCGUUACUGCCAGUGCUACAAGGGCAAGUGCAACCAGGUGGAUGGGACCUGCACGUGCGAGCCAGGCUACCGGGGGAAGUAUUGCCGUGAGCCGUGCCCGGCUGGCUUCUACGGCCAAGGCUGCAGGAGGCGGUGUGGGCAGUCAAAGAGCCUGCAGCCAUGCACUGUGGCAGACGGGCGCUGCCUGACCUGCGAGGCGGGCUGGAAUGGCACCAAGUGCGACCAGCCCUGCUCGCCCGGCUUCUAUGGAGAGGGCUGUGAGAAGCUCUGUCCCCCCUGCAAGGACGGCCACACCUGCAACCACAUCAAUGGCAAGUGCUCCCAUUGCAACCCAGGCUGGAUUGGAGACCGGUGCGAAACCAAGUGCCGGAACGGGACGUACGGGGAGAACUGCGCCUUCGUCUGCAGCGACUGCGUCAAUGGCCAGUGCCACUUCGAGACCGGCCGGGGCCUCUGCCUGGAGACCGGCCGGUGCCUCUGCCACCCCGGCUCCCACGGCACCUACUGCUCAGAGCGGCCGCAGGGGCUCAGUGCCCGUCCCAGCGGGCACGUGGCACCUGGCAGGCACGAGGCUCAGCCGGGGCGGCACUUUGCAAAGGCCAACCAGCGGAUGGGGGUGAUCGGUGCAGGAGCCCUCCUGGCACUGCUGCUCAUCCUCCUGCUCUCCCUGCUCUGCUGCUGCUGCGUCUGCCGCAAGAAGGACGAAACCCGCAGCUCCAGCCAGGACCCAGCAGCAGCCAAGAAGCCACCGAGACGCUUGUGUGGGCGUUUCAGUCGGAUCGGAAUGAAGCUCCCACGCAUCCCCCUGCGCCGCCAGAAGUUGCCCAAGGUUGUGGUGGCCCACCACGACCUGGAGAACACCCUGAACUGCAGCUUCAUUGAGCCGCCCUCCGUGGUGGAGCAGCCUUCCCCAUCCUGGUCAUCCCGCGGCUCCUUCUCCUCCUUUGACACCACGGAUGAGGGGCCAGUGUACUGUGUCCCCCACGAAGAGAGCGUGGGUGACAGCAGAGACAGGGGGACACCCGCCAGCCCUGGGGACAAGCUGGUGGCCCCGGCCGGCGGGGAGGAAGCAGGCGAAUACACCUUCCUGAAGGAGACGGGCUCCGUCAGAGCCUUCCCGGCCGACAGCAGCGAAACGCCCCUGCUCAAGUCCUCGGACAGCGAGCGCUCCUCCUGCGGCUCGGGCUCAUCUGGCAGCCCUGAGCAAGGCCAGGGCUUGGCCAAGAGGAAGAGGAGCCCGAGCGAGACGUCAGCCGGCGUGCAGGGCAGAGCGGAGGAGAAAGGCGGCACGCGGGGCAAGGAGAAAGCACAGAAGCAACUGAAGGAGCCCGGCGUCCCCGAGGGCAAAGCCAGCCUCACCGGGGAGCCCCAGUCGCCCUCCAAGCCCAAGCAAAGAAGCAAAGCCGGCUCAGAGCCGACAGAGAGCAUCAAUGGAGCGGUGCAGAAUGCCUUCCGAAAGAUGGGCACCUUCCAGCCGGAGCGGCGGGUCGGGGACAACAGGGAUGCUCCCCGCAGCCCUGGCGCCAGCAAACCCCGCUCCGAGCCCCUCCAUCCCCACCUGGCCUCCGAGCUGGCCGCCCAGCUGAAGGAAAAGACUCAGAGCCUCAACAAGGGGGAUGGAGGC